GGGUGAAGAUAGCAAAACUUCAGAGAAGAGCAUUCAUCCUCCCCCCGUGUCACCUUCCGCAGUACCUGACCACUUUAAAUGCAACAUCCUGAAGGCUCAGGUGGAAGCGGCUUUUCGUGUGGGUCCUGAGGUUGGAAAAGAAGAAACUUCUUUGACAAAUCCUCCUAAUGCUUCCAGCCUGCAGGACCCUAAUGUCAGAAAUCUAGCCCCUUUACGGCCAGAGACAACACAGACAAGCAGUGUACCUGAGAAGCAGGAAGUUAAAGCACCACGGGUGAGGAAACUGAUGAGGCAGUACAGCUUUGAUGAAGAUGACCUUCCUCCAGCGCUUGCAGCAGCGGUUGGGGCAUCGCCAUCACACUCCUCAGCAUCUCCUGUGUCACAGAGAACAAACUCGGAGGGACAUUUUUCAUCAUGUGCAAAGAGCCCUACAGAUCCUGGAGGUCCCUUUGCCCUGGCACCUGGAGAUCUGCUCAUGGAUUUCACGGAAGCCACGCCGAUGAUAAAGGCAUUCCCUGCUGCUACAUCCAAACCCUUUUUCGAUCCUUUUCCAACACUACCACAGUUUUCUGCAGAAUUCAUAGACAACAAGCUACAAUGCUGUGUAGUACAGUCAUCUCCAAAGAUGUUAUCACCAGUUGCCCCAAGAUCUGUGACAAAGUCUCUGGUGGGAACCUUUCCGACGCCAACGGUGCAGACCAUCUAUUCAUCUCACAAACCAAUUUCUCUGGCAGACAGUGCUGAGACUCUAAGGCGGGAACUUGAGCGAGAAAAGUUGAUGAAAAGACUGCUGAUGACAGAAUUAUGAAACUUCUCACUUCUGUCUCAUUCAGAGAAUGGAUUGGGGCCUUUUCGUGCCUUCAGUCUGUUUACAUUCCUUUGCUUGUGUGUGUGUGUGCGUGCGCAACAUAAUGUAUCAUUACAAUAUGAUAUAUUACAAUCCUGGAUUAAUCAGUUGGCUAAAAGAGUUAAUUCAAGGCCUUUUUUGUAUAUUUGUUACUCUGGCGAGGAUCCAAAGAACCAUGAAACUAGUGGUUCUAUACCCCGUGGAAAAGGGGUUUAGAAUUCAGUCUUUUACCUCAGACAGCAGCCCCUCUCUCUUCCGCAUGGCAAACAGCUUUUCAAACAGAGAGUAGUUUCAAGAGCGGUUUGUAAGAGGGAACUCAAAUGGACUGGGACCAGAACCUAAGCAUCUCUUCAGAUCACAGUCUAUGAUCUGUCUGUCUUUUAUUUCUGCUGAAUGUUAGGAUUUUUAAAAACUACAAAAUUGAGUUGAGGCGAAUUUUUGGUAAAUCUGGAAUGAAGAGGAACACUGAGGAAUACACACACACACACACACACACACACACACACACACACACAGAGUGUUCUUUUUCUCCUAGAUUUCUCCUAUAUGUAUAUUGCUUUCUAUUAAGAAACAAUAUUCUGUAUAUAUGUUAAUAACUGCACAGGGAUAAAUAUUAUGCAGAAUAUUUUGAUAGCGUAUACAAAAGGUCAUUUUGUAGAUCUGAAAAUUGCAGCAGUCUACUGUUGUUCAUUUGUUUUGUUUUUUAAACAAAUAAUGGCUGUUUGUUAUAUAAUACUUCUACAUGGUGGCAGGGGAAGGGUGGGGAGGAGUUGUGAUUCCAUCUUACCCUAGGACUGUUAGUCUCCACAGAAAAAUAAAAGCUGCUUUUUUAAAAUUCCAAACUUCAAUAUCACACAAGGAGGAAAUGCACAAACCCACCUACACUUUCAGGAAAUAAAAACCUUGUUAAUUCAAUUUUAUAUUAAAAUAAUACAAUUUUCAGUUACUCCAGUUUGCUUCCAUUGAUCCCCAUGUUAUCAUACCAAAUAAAAUCGAAAAUUAGAUUUUUAAGUGAAAUGCUAAUCUGCAAACUUCUGCAUGCAAAUUUCAACUUCGAUCAAUUUAUUGUGCAUAGCCAAAGGCCUUUACAAUGUACAGCAGAGGGCAAGGAAAGGCUUUCCUCUGAAAUUACAUGACAUACCAUGGAAAACCACAUUUGAAAUUCUUACAUGCAUAUAAGUUAAGCAUGUAUGUAUGUAAGUGCUGGUGAAUAUUAAGGCCUUAAAGAUCAUACAAUAUUAAAGGUCAAGUUUCUUAGAAAACUUUGUCUUCCCAAUUUUAAGCAGUGCCUAAAAGUGUAGUUCAAUUCUGAAACUACCGUUAGUCAUCAGUUAGAGAAAUUUUUGCUUUAUAUGUUCUGGUAACUCUGUUUUUCUGUUACAGAUAUAACCCUUUUUCUUGGUUCUCUUAGCAUCAACAAUUAUUCUGGUAGUCCAACAAGCACCGGGUUACCCAAACCUUGGUGAUAGCCGAUAAGUAGAACAGGUUCAGGUCUUUCACACUAGGGUAAGGAAUGAAAACUGAAUAUCUUUUGAAAAUCUACUGAUGAAGAACUUGUGAUAAAAAGAAAAUGGCAUAAGUGUUGGGAGGGCUUCUGUGAUUUAUGGUACCUGAAUAAAUUUCAAAAUAGGCACCAAUAAUGUAAAGCGUCUCCUAAACUCCUGUAUGCCUGAACUGCAUUAAAUAGGUGUUGCCACUUACUAUAUUAAACUGCUGUAUGUCUGAACUCUGUUAAAUAGGCAUUACUCCUCCGACACAAAGCACACACUAGAGAGGGGGAGUCAUUCCAUAUCAAGUGAUCCAACUUCCCCCCCUCAUGUCAUCCAAUUUUCUUAAUAAUUUGUACGC